GACGUGAUGUCACCGUUGGGGGUGGGGCUAUGUGUGGUAGGGGGCGGGGCACCGCGCGGCUCUGCUGGGGACGCAGUGAGCGGGCAGGGAGCGCGGCGCUCCGUGGUGAGAGCGACAACGAUUCACCACCUCCUCACCUCACCUCGCUCGCUCUCCGCCGCCACAAACUCCUCAACAACUCGGCUCACUCACUAACUCACUCACUUGUCCAGCGCGCAAGAGAGGAGGAGGAGGCGGCGGCGGUGGUGGUAAGGGGGGGAGGGGGUGAGAGCGGGCGGGCCGGCCGGCGGGUUGUUGCCUUUCUUGUGGUCCACCAUGGGGGAGACGAAGAUCAUCUACCACAUCGACGAGGAGGAGACGCCGUACCUGGUGAAGGUGGCGGUGCCCGCCGAGCUCGUGACGCUGGCCGACUUCAAGGCGGUGCUCAACAAGCCGCACUGCAAGUUCUACUUCAAGUCGAUGGACGCCGACUUCGGGGUGGUGAAAGAGGAGAUAUCUGACGACGCGGCGCGACUGCCCUGCUUCAACGGGCGCGUGGUCUCCUGGCUGGUGGCCGCCGACCCCUCGGAGACCGGCUCACAGUGCUCGGAGCCCAAGGCGGAGCUGCCCCCGCCGCUGGAGCGGACAGGCGGCAUCGGAGACUCGCGGCCGCCCUCCUUCCACCCCAACCCUGCCGGCAGCCAGGAAAGCCUGGACCGGGCCACAGACACGGAGUCGGUGCUGUCGGCGCGGAGCGAGAGACGGUCGCGGAGAGACCGGGAUCCUCGGCAUGAGCACACAGGACCAAGGCCGAAUGGGCUGGUGAAGCCCGUGCCAGGCCGGCCGCUGCAUGCGCCGCAGCACCCUCACCACGCCCCACCUCACCAUGCAGUGGCGGCUCCCCACCACCAUCACCACCACGCGGCGCCAGCGGCGCCUCACCAGCACGCGUACGACGCGUCGAGCGUGGUGAGCAGCGAGCUGGAGGAGACGAGCGCCUUCGACUCGGAGGAGGACGAGGAUGACGACAACGCCAGCCGGUUCAGCACGUCCACCGAGCAGACGGGCUCCUCGCGGCUUCUCAAGCGCCACCGCCGCCGGCGGAGGAAGCACCGCAUGCAGGAGAUGGACCGGGCUUCUUCGUUCAGCAGCAUCACGGACUCCACCAUGUCGCUCAACAUCAUCACCGUGACCCUCAACAUGGAGAAGUACAACUUCCUGGGCAUCAGCAUCGUGGGGCAGAGCAACGAGCGCGGAGACGGCGGCAUCUACAUCGGCUCCAUCAUGAAAGGCGGCGCUGUUGCAGCCGACGGGCGCAUCGAGCCCGGCGACAUGCUGCUGCAGGUUAACGAGGUCAGUUUUGAGAACCUGAGCAAUGACGAUGCGGUCCGUGUGCUUCGGGAAGUGGUGCACAAGCCCGGGCCCAUCAGCCUCACCGUGGCCAAGUGCUGGGACCCAACUCCCCGCAGCUACUUCACCAUCCCACGCAACGAGCCGGUGCGCCCCAUCGACCCGGCCGUGUGGGUGUCCCAGGCGGCGGCCAUGACGGGCACGUUCCCUCGCUACCCGCCCAGCCACUCGAUGAGCACCGUGACCUCCGGCAGCUCCUCGCUCACCUCCUCUGUGCCUGAGUCCGAGCGUGAGUCCCCAAGAGGCUAUGACGAGUACCAGCUGAGCGUGCACACCGACAUGGUGACCAUCACCAAGGCCAUGUCAGCGCCCGAGUCCGGCCUGGAGGUGCGCGACCGCAUGUGGCUCAAGAUCAAAAUCCAGAACGCCUUCAUCGGCUCGGAUGUGGUGGACUGGCUCUUCAGCCACGUGGAGGGCUUUGCCGAUCGGCGCGACGCCAGGAAGUUUGCCUCUCGCCUGCUGCAGGCUGGCCUCAUCCGGCACACGGUCAACAAGAUCACCUUCUCGGAGCAGUGCUACUACAUCUUUGGAGACCUCACCGCAGACCUCAGCAAGCUGACCCUGCAGGAGCCCGACUGCGCCAGCAUCUCGUCGGACCAGGACACGCUGGCGCCGCUCCCGCUGGCGGCGGGCGGUCCCUGGGCCACUCUGAGCCACCCUUACGGCGCCGCGUUCCACCACUACCCACCCCCGGCCGUGCCCGCCCACCCGCACGCCUACUCUCCCUACCCGCCCGGCUACCACGAGGUCACCGGAUAUGCCUAUGCCGUGGCCGCCGCGCCCAGCCAGCACAGCGAGGGAAGCCACAGCAGCGGCUCAAACCGCAGCGGAGGCAAGGAGCGUGACCACCGCCGCAUCGGCGGCAGCGGUUCCGCGGGCGGCGGCGCGAACGAGGGCCGCUCGAGCGCCGGCAGCGGCAGCGAGUCGGACCGCGCGUCCACGCGCAGCGGCGUGUCCAGCGCCGGCACGGCGCAGCGGCGCGAGCGCGCCGACAGCGUCCGCUCCUUCCCCGGCAGCGAGGCGCACUCGGCGCACUCCGCGCGCCGCAGCUCCGCCGGGUCGUCCGCCGCCGGCUCCUCGCACCACCAGCACCACCACCACCACCCGCCGGGGCCCCCCCCGCCGCCCCCGCCGCCCCCCCCGUUCUACCACCACGCGUACGGCCCGCCGGGGAUCCCGCCGCCCUACGCGGUGCCGCCCGGGAUGAUCGCCGUGCCGGGCCCCAUUCACGUGCACCAGCUGCACCAGCAGCAGCCGCAGAUGAUGCCCGGCGGCGUGGGCGGGGGCUCGGGGCCCCCCUCCGCGGUCGGAGGGGGGGGCCCCCCCCCACCAGGCGCCCCCCCCGUGCGGGACUUGGGGUCUGUGCCGCCCGAGUUGAUGGGCAGCCGCCAGUCGUUCCACAUGGCCAUGGGAAACCCGUGCGAGUUCUUCGUCGACGUCAUGUGACGGCGGCGUCACGCGCCUGCCGCAGUCAGAGGUCAAAGUAGAGUUUGCGUGCGAGGUGGGGGGGGUUGGGGGGAUUUGGGGGAUCGGGGGGGGGGGUUAAUGACGAUCUGGUGACCGGGUUACGGUGUCAUCACCGGAGACUCGGGGUUCAACGUGUGGCUGCGACGGGGCAGCGCUGCCUUGUCGCGCGAGUUUUUUAAUCACCAGCAGUCGUAGAUUUUUCUCUCGCUCAGUGCGCUGGGGUUGGUGCCAUCGUCCAUGGCUGGCCUAUCGAAGUGCCUUAAGGUGUCAAAGAAUGCUUCCUGUUGGAAGCUUACAGAACAAAACAAAGCAAUAGAGAGAGACGCACAGCGGAAGCCCCCGUUCUGUCCUGGGCUGCGUUCGCUGUGGCUAGUGGAUUGGCGUGGCUGGACUGUGGUGGUGUUGUUGGUGGUGGUGUGGUGGAAAUCCUCGGCAACAAUGCUGCUGUGGAGUCGUGCCGACAAUCGUCGUAACCUCGACCCUGUCCACUAAGCCCAGGUCACCAUUCCCCAUUGGCGGUGUUGGAGAUUAAUGCGGCGUGCAAUUCUGCUUCCUCUAAGAGAUAUUUCCCUCACCCCCUUCACCGUAUCCAGAACCCCUUGAGCAUUACCCCAGUGCCCUAACACUCACGCGUAAGCCGCGAAACGAUACGCCCCUCGUGAUCCGUCGAAUUAGACUCGCGCCAUCGUUACACGCGUAGGGAGCGUGCCUGUAGGAAUAGGUCGUUCGCCAUUUCUGCAACAUGUAAGUAAAGGCUAACUUGGAACUAAUGAGAUGCGGUGCACUGGGGAGACGCUACAAGCACGUGACAGACAACACUCGGGAGAGGCUACAGAGCUUGCGGCGUGGCCGGCCCGUCACCGGCGAUCGCUCCUCAAGUUCGUUGUUGGGAUGCCGCAAGAGGCUCGAAUCGUCAGCGGCGGUGGCGCCGCUCGCUCGGGAGCGGUCGCGGUGCGAAGCCCUCCACGUGCGUUUGGGGUCAACGGAGCAAGUCGGCUGCCGACCACGGACCGCUGCCACCAGGGCGCGAGCCGCCGUGUGAAGCGCGUUACCGUGCGGUUCGCUCGCCGGGGAGGAACCCACGCGUUCUAAACUCGACGCUUGAACUCGCCGCACGGAGGCGCGAGGCUCGCGCGGCCGUCAAGGAGGGGGGGGGGGGGGGGGGGGCAGUGUGGCGAACGGUUGAGGCUCCGCUCAGGGGCAGUCACUGCCGUGCCCGGUUUAAAGCGCCUCCCGACGAUUAGCACGGUUGGCUACGUACGGUGCGAAAGAAGUUACGCGUGCGGGCGUGCAACCACGCUCCUGCCCGCGCGUGGAGAACAAAAA